UUCAGGCUCGUGGCCAAGUUCCUCUUAGGCAGGCCUGCCCUCCUCUUCCAGCAGCUCCUGGGCCCGCAGCACUCAAGCACCUAUCUGGGCGCCAGAGGAGAGCAGCAGACAGGUGUCCACAGACAUGGAGACUGCAGAGCGCAGCGAGGCGGCCACCGAGACCCCGAGGCCCACCCACAUCAGCGUCCAUAUCCACCAGGAGUCUAGUCUGGCCAAGCUGCUGAUGGCUGGAUGCUCCCUGCUCAGAUCCUCGGCCUCCACCUGGGGCAAAGCCACCCAGACCCUGGGCAGCACCCAGCUCCUGGCAGCCUCCUGGGUGGUGCAGCUCGUGCUGGGGGUCCUGAGUGGGGUUCUGGGAGGGUUCCUCUUCAUGCUCUGGCAUACCAAUCUGUCAUCCUCAGGAGCUGCCAUUUGGACGGGGGUUGUGGCUGUGCUGGCUGGAGCGGCUGCCUUCAUUUAUGAGAAACGGGGUGGCUUCUGCUGGGCCCUGCUAAGGAUCCUGCUCUGGCUGGCGUCUUUCUGCACGGCCCUCUCUGCCAUCAUCAUUGCAUCUGAUGUCAUCCGUGAUUAUCACUACUAUAUUACGGAAGAUAACUGCAGUGCUUACCACUCCAGAGGCUGGCCUACGGAGCCCCCCCACACCCCAAGUCCCACAGAAGCCGAGAGACAACACCUGUGUCUCUCCCAUCUAAACAUGCUGAAGGCUCUGUACGUAAGUCUCCAUGCCAUGCUGCUGGGGGUCUGGGUGCUGCUGCUUCUGGCAUCUGUGACCCCUGUGUGUCUGUACUGCUGGACGAGGUGCUUUGCGAAGGAGAAAAAGGACCAGAAGCAGCUGUUGGCAGCAACUGGGAUGUAGCCCUGCUUCCCCCGAGUGCUGGCACUGUCCUCUGGCUCUGGGUGAACCUGCAUCUGAGGCUGGAAGAACAGCGGACAGGGGGAAAGAGACCCCAAAGCCCGUUAUCCUCUCCCCGCCCUUGGUCACACACCACCCCUGCCUGCUCCUCCCGCCCAACAGAGUGCACUUGCUCAUAUCUCUUGCUUACCUCACCAUCCUGCAUCCCCUCCUCACCCUUCCUCGGCAGUCACUUGAUAAUAAACACUCACAUUGUCA